UCAAAGUCAACAACUAUCCCUUCCGCUAUCCCCUCCUGUCUCAUACGCUGACUGGAGGAAUCAGGCAGAGGAUGACAUAUCCCACCAUGAAAGAACCAUGAAAAAUCUCCUGGGUCCCACCUCUUGCAUUGGGGAUGAUAAUGUUCCCAAUUUGCAUGGCGCAAAGUGCAAAGAUGAAGAAGAAAGCAAAACCUGGCGGGUAUUGGAGGAACAUAUAAGAUACACAGCGUUCGUUGUGAACCAGUUGAGCAGAGAUAUCGAGAUUCUGCAAGAACAGAUUCAAGCACGAGACAGUGUAAGCUAUGCAACCAAUACCGCAGUCAAAACACUUGAGAUGAGACAUCUGAACGGCAUGGGAGAUCUUCGAGGACGUGUUGCCAGAUGUGACGCGAGUAUCUCCAAACUGUCUGCAGAUCUGGUCACGAUACACAAAGGAAUUCAGAGCCUCAGCAACGAGCAACAGAAAGUACAAGUGAUCUUGGAAGCUAAAAUAAAGGAUGUCGAAUGGCAGAUUUCACAGCUUUUAAGAAGAAUUGAGAAGUCCAUAGCAGAGCUGGAAGCUAAGAUCAGGCUCAGAGAGGGACACAGCAACCAACAACUCCAUCUACUGGAUGACAAGAUAAAACUUGCAACAGAAGAGAUCAAGGAGCAGAUUUUCUCCGGUUAUAACCGUUUGGAAGAGGAACAAGAGAAAAAGGCAAAGGAAUUGUUACGACAGAUAAAACUGUUCUCGUUACUCAUUGAUGAUAAAACUGAAAGCAGGGACCGGGAAGUGGAAGAAAGAUUUAUUCAGCUUGCCGUAAAGCUUGUCAAGAUAGAGGAAAUACAGAAAAGGAAUCUGGAUUUCCUCAAUGAAGAAAAUCUAAAUGCACGCAUCACCAAUAUGGAAAGGAAAAUAUGGAACGAAAUUGAGGUUAUUAAAACUGGGACUAAUAUUGACUGUACAUCAGGACAGAAAAGACACCACCACACUAGCAGAAUGAAAGCAGUCAGCACUGUACACCAGCAUUUGAGCUUCGAUCAACAUUGGACAAAAAAAAGAGUGGCAGGUGUUCCUAUUGAAAUAAAAGUGCGCAAAGCAGAUGGCAGUAGUGUGAAAUAAAUACCUGUAGCUUUUUCUGCAUUUAUGUGUGCUGAAACGUUUGUAAAGUAGUUAAGGAUUUGUUUGUUUGCUUAAGGAUUUUGUGAAGUUUCAUUGCUUCAGAGUCUCGAUACCUG